UAACACAUGAAAACAACUACACAAAAUCCCUCACAUAAAGUCUCUGUACACAAUCAUAAUCAACCAUCCAAUCCUAAAAUUGGUAAAUAUCACUACGCCAUGUUUUUAAGUAGUUAUGGUUCACCUAUUUAUCUUACUCAAUAUAAAGUUGAAUACAUUUCAUUGAUUUGUUAUUGGAUUUAUGUUGCAUUCACUGUUGCAUUUGAUACUUAUCCUGCUUAAAAUGUUGUUACUGAUAAAAUAUUAUAUGAUCACAGAGUUUCUUACAUAAUUUAUUGGGGACCUACUUAUAUCUAUCUGGCAUUAAGCGUCUUUGCAAUUAGCACAUUCCUUGGUAGUUUCAGAAGCCUGAUAUAAAUCUUUGGAAUAUUGGUUUACAUGUGGCAUCUGGCAUACUUCAUUGUAUUUUGGGCUGCUCCAAGUAUAAUGCUUCCAAAGGUUAGAAAUUAUCUUAAAAAAAGUCUGUUGAUGAAUUCUAAGCCAGUGCUGGAUAUUAUUGGACAGAACUUAUGCUAAAUUUAAUUAUGAUCAUUAUUUAAUGUGGUAAUACUCAAGCCACCAUGAAUUAUCCAGCUUAUCUUCAAAAUUAUGUAACUAAAGUUAACAAUGAUAUCGUUGAAUAUUUGGCUGUUGAAGAUGUUGAAGAAGUAAAUCAUGAAACUACACCUAUUAAAGCUUAAACACCAAAUCAUAAGUCAUAAAUAUAAUCCCAAAAACAAAUACAAGGAUGA